AUGGCUGCCAAUGAACCCCCUCCCCACAUCAAAGCGCAAAUGCAAGCGCAAAUAGAAGCCGCCAAAGCCGAAGCCGCACGACGCGGCAUGACGUUUCAACAAUUCCAAGAAGAGCAAAGAAACAUGAUCAUGCAAGAGGCACAGAAACUCGGCAUUACGCCGCAGGAGUUCAUCCAGAGAAAGCAGAGAGAACACCAGGAACAAAUGCAGCGGCAACAGCAGCAGCAGGCGCAGCAGCAACAGGGUGGACAGCCAAAGCAGCAGACACAACAAGUCGACAUUACAGGUCAAGUCGAAGCGAAGCCUGAUGCCCUUGCUGUGGCGCGAUUCCUUAGGAAGCAGGACCUUAAGACGAGAGUUGUCCUCUUCAAGGGCCAGCGCAAGGAUAUGUUCAAGGUCCGACGCUACACAAAAGCGCAAAAGAAAGACGCCCUCCUCCCUACCGUCUCCAACCGCGACGACGCCCUCAAAGCCCUCCAACUCCUCCCUCUAUCCAUGCUCGCCCUCCGCGUCGACAAGACUGAUCCACACAAAGGCCAUAACCACGCCAAACCCGCCAAGAAAGACCCCAAGCGCGUCAAGGGCCAGUGGGAUGUCGAAGUUGUGCACCAACAGAUGUUUGAGGAUAAUAUGUACUACAUGUGGGUAUACGAGGGCUCAAAUUGGAAGACCAAGAUGUAUGCUGCCUUGUUGCUCACGGGUCUGAUUGCUGUGGUCAUGUUCCCGCUGUGGCCGCUGAUGAUGAGGCAAGGGGUGUGGUAUGUGAGUAUGGCGGCGAUGGGGCUGUUGAUCGCGUUCUUCGGGCUGGGUAUCGUCAGACUGAUACUAUUCCUGUUGACGGUAUUGCCGCUGCCGCCUGGACUGUGGAUCUUCCCGAAUCUGUUCGAGGAUGUUGGUGUCAUUGAGAGUUUCAAGCCGCUGUAUGCGUGGGGCGACGAGUUGAAAGAGCAGGAGAAGUUGAAGAAAAAGAAUAGGAAGAAGGCGAGGGCUGAGAAGGCUGCGGCGGGCGAGAAAGGUGCUGAUGCUGGUACUGCUGCUCCGACGGCAACAGAUAGCGCUGCGCCUACCACGAAUGGUACUACUCCUGCGACCAAUGGUGCCACGCUUACAACCAACGGGACUGCGAACAAGACGGCUUUGAGUUCCGGAGCUCAGGCUACACCUACGCCCGGUGGUGCUGUUGCGAGGCGACAAGCUACAGUGGAGGAGGUAGAGGACGAAUGA